UCCCCCUCCCUCUCUCCUCCCCUGUCCCUCCCUCUCCAUGCGCUCCCCUGUCUCGCCCACGGCGUGGCCAUGAACGGCAGCGUGCCGGGUGGAGCAGGAGCCGGAGAUGGAGCCGGCGCUGCUGGAGCCGGGUCCGGGGUGAGCCUGCUGAUCCCGGCGCUGAUGUUCGUGUGCGGGGUGGUGGGUAACGGGACCGCCCUGUGCGUCCUGUGGCGGGGCCGGAGAGAGGGACGGGAGCGCACCUUCUACACGCUGGUGUGCGGCCUGGCGCUGACCGACCUGCUGGGCACCUGCCUGGUCAGCCCGGUGACCAUCGUCACCUAUGUGCGGGGCAGUUGGCUGCUGAGGGACGGCGCCCUGUGCCAAUACUUCUGCUUCAUGCUCCUGUUCUUCGGCAGCUCCGGCCUGAGCAUCAUCUGCGCCAUGUCCCUGGAGCGCUACCUGGCCAUCAACCAUGCCUACUUCUACAGCCAGCACAUGGACCGGCGGGCAGCCACCGCCACUCUGUUGGCCAUCUACGGCGCUAACAUCCUGCUGUGUGCCCUGCCCUCUUGUGGCCUGGGCCGAGCCACCAUCCAGUACCCCGACACCUGGUGCUUCAUCGACUGGCGCUCCCGCGACGCCGCCCAGGCCGCCUUCUCCUACAUGUACGCCGGCUUCAACACCUUCCUCGUCGCCCUCACCCUGGCCUGCAACGUGCUGGUGUGCGGCGCCCUGGUCCGCAUGCACCGGCGCCUCCUCCGCCGGACCUCGCUGGGCAGCGGCCGGAGGCAGCCCGGCACCGGGGCACCGACAGAGGCACGGCGCCCCGCCGCACUCCGGCCGCUCGCAGCCGCCGAGAUACAGAUGGUCAUCUUGCUCAUCGCUACCUCGGCCGUGGUCCUCAUCUGCUCCAGCCCGCUGGUGGUGCGUGUGUUCAUCAACCAGCUGUACCAGCCGCAGGAGGUGAAGGAAAAGCAUCGCAGCCCUGACCUGUGGGCCAUUCGUAUUGCCUCCAUCAACCCCAUCCUGGACCCCUGGAUCUACAUCCUGCUGCGCAAGAGCCUGCUGCGACGGGUGUUGCGACAGGCCCGCUGCCUGCUGCACUGCUCCCUGCCCCCCGGGAACUCCCGCCCUCCCACCCCCCUCCGCCCCCUGCCCCCUCCCCACUUCCCCCUCACCAUUCCCUGCAAGGUCACCCCACCCCCGCCCACCACUCCCCCUCUCUCCACCCGCGGGGUGCUGCCCGGCCUGGGGUCACACCCGUCAGCUGGGGGCAAAGAGGGCAGCCCCGACUGCCCACUGAAAGUGCCCUUCACACAGGACUGCGGGGGGGAGGCCGAGAGGUGCAUCUGAGGGGGGAGGUUGCCCACCCCCGCCCCCCCCCC